UUAGGGUUGGGGGCGAUUUGGAUCCUCCUCCCAUGGCGGAGGAUCUGGACGAGAAGGCGCGGCGCGUCCGGGAGCUCCUCAGCAGCUUCUACAAAUCCGACGAGUCCGAUUCCGGUGACUUCGAUCUGGAUGCUCCCGGCGAUGGAGGUGUCAGCGCCAGGCGCCGGGAUACUCUGCUCCAGAUCAACACCAAGGGUUUCGAGCCGGAGCGCUACAUGGCUUCUCUGGUCAGGAAAACGAAUUUACCGACCUUGCUCAAGAAGCACGUCGAGGUGGCCGCGGAGAUCAAGAACUUGGACAGUGACAUGCAAAUGCUGGUGUACGAGAACUACAACAAGUUCAUCAGUGCGACAGACACUAUCAAGGUGAUGAAGGAUAAUGUCGCGGGCAUGGAAUCCAACAUGCAGCAGCUUCUGGAAAAGGUGACAGCAGUGCGAACGAAAAGUGAUAACAUAAACGCCUCGCUGUUUGAGAGAAGAGGACGGAUAGAAGAAUUAAAUGGUACACGAAGUCUCCUGCGGAAAGUCCAGUUUGUUUUUGACCUCCCAAAACGCUUGAGGAAGUGCCUGAAAGAAGGAGAUUAUGCUCAGGCGGUGAAGUUUUACGUGGGAGCGAGCCCAGUAUUAGAGACUUAUGGUAGCUCGUCUUUUAGAACGUGUAAACAGGAGAGCGAGGAGGUGAUUGCGACGAUCUCAAAGCGCCUUCAGGCCAAGUUCUUAGCAGAUUCUGAACCAUUGCCUGGGCGAGCUGAAGCAGUGGCCUUGCUUCAACAACUCAAGUUCCCGGUUGAUGUUCUGAUGGAUGGGUUCUUGACAAGCAACAUGAAACACCUUUUAGAACUUCAAACUUUGUCGCACAAAAGCAAGUCUCCCGAUGACGCAAAGAAAUUUAUUACCGAAUUUACUCAAACAGCAACGGCAUUUCGAUCCAUAUUUCCAACGGGGGAAAGUCGUCUUAACGAAGCUGCGAAGGAUCUUUUGGACAAGUACUUUGCAAACGUCAAUGUAUCGUUGCAGCCGGAAGCUGGAAGCCUUUCUGCCGCGGAGUUGAUUUCCUUACUAAAAAGUUUAUCUGCUGAUGUAGCCAAGAUGCACGAAGUGAUGCCGGAAGCCGGGUUUAUUGACGGUGCCAUACAGGCUGUCGAGUCGGCUGUUAAACAACACGUCAACCACAAGUUCAAGGUGCUAUACGCCCAAGUAACAGGUGCUCUUUCGGAUAUUCACUCUCCCAAGCAAGAGCAGGCCAAGGACCAGCAAAAGCCGUUGCUUCUAUCCCUUGAAAACGUGCAAAAUUUAAUUGUUAAUGGGGGACUCGAAGUUCUGAAGGACCUCACUCAACUAUUAGAUGACAGUGUGGAUUUUCUGGUCAGCUGGAGGGACGCUUAUAUUGACCUCGUUCAAGGCGGUUUUCAAGAGUUUUUUGGAUCUCUUGUGGACCACUUCAUCUCGUUGUCAUUGGCCAGUGCAACCCAAGGCGAAGGUUCUGAUCAACGCUUGGGUUCUCCUGCUCCGGGAUUCGUCUUGCUUCUAUCUCGUUUGUCUACGUUUAUCGAGCAGGAAGGAGUUCCGAGAAUUACAGAGGCAGUAGGCGAUUCUUUCAUUGGUGGUUCACUGGGUGAUCGUCCUGCAUUUCUUCCUUCCGAGAUUUGCAGAGCGUUUCGUGCUGCAGCAGAGAAGUUUUUGCGUCAGUUCAUUGAUGUCCGAUCACGAAAGCUUUCCAUCAUGAUCUGCAAGAGCAUUACAACGCCGAACUGGCUCCAGUACAAAGAGCCCAGGGACGUUCGGAUGUUUGCAGACUUGCUAUUGGACGAGGUGAAAGGAAUGGAAGGAGAGGUGAAGCAAGUAUUGGAACCUGGAAAGAGCCAUCGUCGUUCUGAUAGCGCCGGAAGCUCAAGCUCCACUCGCAGCAGUAACACCACCCGCGGGGAUUCUCGCUCCAGCAGGCUAAACAACCGUGGAAAGACGCACUUACUCGAGCGGGACGUAGCAAAGCUGUUCAAGCAAAGAGUUGAGAUAUUCACCAGGCCCGAAUUGACGCAGGCAUCGGUAAUCUCCAUGGUUGUCAAGAUCGCUCUCAAGAGCUUCCAAGAGUACGUCCGACUUGAAACGUUUAGCCGCUGUGGCUUCCAGCAAAUCCAACUGGACACGCAGUACUUGAGAGACCCGCUCCGGGAAGUGGUCGACGAUGACAAUGUGGUGGAUUUCCUCCUCGACGAGGUCUGCGCUGCUGCUGCCGAGCGAUGCACUGAUCCAACACCGCUGGAACAAGCCGUGCUAGACAAGAUCGUGCACACCAAGCGCGAGAAGAGACUAGACGACGAGGCCACCAAAGUUUUCAUCUAAGCGAAACUCUCUCCAUGAAUUUCACGGUGCUUGCGAGGUAAAGUUCAUGGCUCUCGCGGCACAGUAAUUUCUCUCUAUGGCCGAGAGGCUGGAAUGGAGAAUCCAUGGACCAGAAGAAAGAAAGAAGGAAAAAAAGAAGAGCCUUUGUCGUGAUAUUUGAGACUGGCACUGCUCACUGACUGUCUACUCUCCAUUAAAUAGCUCGCAUGCCCUCCUCCAUUGCA